AGGACGGUGAAGGAUGGAGGCAGAGGACAAGUUCGCAGCACUGCGCACGAAGAUCUUCACAGAGUCGCUGGAGACCUCCAAUGAGCCAAGGUGGGGCUACUUUGGCAUUCCAGGCUCCCUCGCCAUCGGUGACAACUCCUAUGCACCAAGGUUGACAAAGAAGCCUGUAGCAGAUGAUGAAGAGAACACCACCCGCAAUAUUCAGGCAUGUCCGACAAAGAAAGGUACAACUCCUGAUGUCUACUUCAAGUUCGAAACUCCCUUGGCGAUUGGAGAUCCGUUUGUGGACCCAGGGAUCGCAAUGAAGAAGGGAAAGGUUUGGAUGCUGGAUCCUGAUGCCACCUUCAAGCCUCCUGGGAAAGUCAAACAGAGCAUCAACAAGCUUGGCUAUGAAUAUGUGGAGCAUUGUGACCAAGUGAAGGAUCCCAAGGAGGUGAAAGAGAAGUACUCAGACUACAUCCCGCCUCGCAACAUUCUGGGAGGUGCCUCGAAGAGAGGUGGCCCUGGUGUGCUCACUGGCGGCGUUCUUUUUGGCUUUGGGGAGCCUGGAGCUUUUCCAGAACACAUCCCCGAUGACUAUGAUGCAGCCAGGAAGCAACGCAAGAAAGAGCUAGAGGAGCACCACGGUGCCUUGGCAGCCCCUAACAGACACUUGCUCAGAACAGUCGUUUCGAAUUGGCAUGUUGAGAUGCAUCUGAGGUGCAAAACAACGGCAACAAACAACUGA